CUCAACCUAUACCUCUAUUAUCUCAGCCAUUGAUUUCACAACCACCAACGGUGCUGCAUAGCCCACUCUCAAACAUGGACCUUGAUGACGUUGUCAUCGCAGAACAAGUAAUGGCUACUCAUCAUCUCAAUGCCAACAUCAACAUCGAGUUAGAUGCAGAUUUUGUUAUCAACUUAGCGGAAAAUAUUUUCAACCCUAACACGGUUUCUAGAGAAGUUGAACAAGACAUGCUAAUAACUAAAAAGUCCAUUCAAGAUUUUAGAGAGGUCGAGAAUGACAUGCCAAUGCUACAAUCGCCCAUUCACAAGGAACUCUCAUAUCAAAUAAAACAACUUUCCUUUGAGGUAGCAUUUAAAAGUUUGAAUAAUGAUACCGAUUGUCACUUAGCAACGAUCUGUCUACUAAGCAUAUUAUCGACUUACCCUUGGGAAGCCAAGUUCAUUAUAAAGUUCGUUAAAUGUGUGAGUGAGCUUAAUCAACCGUCAUCUUUAUCUCCACUGCAACCACUGAUUUUGGCGACUUAUUGGAUUACCCGGAGUUGCUUUGCUUUUACCCGGCGUUUUUUUGGUGUUAAGUCCAAAACUGACAUAAUGGAAGAAUCCACUUUAAUUGCCAAAUCCAAAAGCAUACUCUCCUCCUGCUACUCACUACUAGAGGCGAAGAGAACUGAAAAAUCUUACAAAGCGUUAUUGCAUGCUUUUAGUCACUCUCUUGAUAACUUAGAAGUUCUCAAAUUAAUAUUCAAUGUCAAGGACGAUAAAGAGUGGAUAUUUUUUGAUCCUUGGCCAGUUUAUCGCCGACUUGGAGUAGACACGUUGAAGAAUAAGAGGGUGCUAUUGAUGAUCUUGAAUUUUGGAUAA